AUGAUUGAGUUGGCAUGGGCUUUUGCUGGUUUUGAUCGCAUUGAUAAAUCAGACAGUAACCUCUCAGCCGGUCCGAUGAGCGCAGGCGACAACUGUGUGCUUCCCCACCUAGGAUCCAAAGCUCAGCAACACGAUGCGAUCUUCACUGAAGCAAUCCAGCUUCUCGACUCCAUGAAAUCCUCACCAUCUUGCAAUCGCGUGGCGGUAACGCGACUUGUCACAUCGUGUCAAUUCACCGGGGCCAAAGAUACAAGCGAUUCGCAGGUUUACGAAUAUGAGACCUUGGAUCGCAUUCGGUCCAUUGGCAGUUUCUCCGCCCCCCCAGAUCCAGAUUUCGAUUCUCGUUCACGAACAAGCGCCAGCCGCCUGAUACUGGAAUCGACCUCUUUGCCCGAUGACGUCCUCGGACAGUGCCUGAAAGCCUUGGAGUCGCGACCUCAGUGGUGGACUUCAUAUAGCAACAACCGACAGAAUGCAAUGGUUAUAUGCCAAGCGGCUCGGAUUGAGGUGGAAAGAGAGGAACUGCUGGAUCUUCAUCGAGCCAUUGCAAAGACCAGCUCAAAGCUACACGAGGGACUAGAAGCAGCGCUAAACAACGCCGCUAUGGAAUCAUCUCGACACAUUACCUUUCUGGAAGAGGUCAGGGCAAUGCAAAAGAGUCUCGUGGAUGACCUGGAGAAGUCAGCAUCUGUUACUCAGAAUGCGCUCGAUAGGCUGCUUCAGGAGAUUUGGUCUGGCUUGGACAGCAUCGCUACUUCGGCUAGCUCGGUUAUGAAUAAUCUUCGGGGAGAGGCGGACACUCUGGCAAAGGAACUUCGAGAUGCCUCAGGAUCUGUCCGAAGCCUUCAAGACACUUUAAAUGAAGUGCAGGUAAACGCAAUUUCGCGGAGUCAGGAGGUGAUUCGCAUGCACGAAGAAGAUGCUCUAGCUUACCGAGAUGUGGCAUCGGUAUUGCACCAUUCACUUGAAUCAAUCGUGGACACAGACAUGGCCCGCCUUUUUCAGCGAAUGAUGACAUUCGAUUCCUCGUUGGAAUGGCUCAAUGGCCGGCUUGUCAUGAUUCUGGAACAGGAGAACAGAAUGUCUCAGCGUCUACAAACAAUGGAGAUCUCCAUGGAGCAAUCUUAUAACAGGGCCCAUGACCUACAACAAGCUCAACAGUCUCAGGCCAAAUUGCUAGCCGCCCAGUUCAAGACACAAGAUGAAAUGCAAUUCAAAGCACAAGUCUCUCAAGCUUUGCUGGACAAAGCUACUACAUCAGCUGCCAACCUACAUUCAAUGAUCGAUGAUGCGACGGUGAAAUUCAAACGUACACCCGGGUUGCACUCUGGGGGUAUUUCAGCGUGGACAGUGUGCGCCCUUCUUCUUAUCCUCAUCGGGGCACAGAGCACCAGGAUGGCAAUCGGUCUUUUCUUUCUUAUCUUUGCAGACACUGCCGAGCGCCACGUCCAUGUCACGUGUUCCGGAACCAGCAACGUGGGGAGGAAAGGGAAGGAAGUGAGUUGCCGUCCUCUUCUUCUUCCCUCCUCCGAUCUCCAAGAACUCCAAGCUACGCUUCUACUACAUUCCCACGCGGGUUAUUCUACUAUUUACGUAACUGUCAUCAUGCCUGGUGUUCCUCCCGAUGCCUUCGCCCAGGUGAAGAAGGGCCUCAAGAACAUCUUCCGUCGCAAGAAGGAGAAGAAGACUGAACAGAGCUCGGAGGCAAAGCCUACUGAGACUGCUGCCACUCCUGCUGCUGCCACCGCAGCAACCCCCGCUCAGCCUGCUGCUCCCACCGAGGGCACUGCCCCAGCUCCAACUCCAGCUCCAGAUGCCGCCCCGGCUGCUACCCCGGCUGCCUCCCCUGAGGCUAAGCCUGAGGCUACUCCUGCUGCUCCCGCUGAAGCUGCGCCAGCUGAGACCAAGCCUGCGGCCGCUACUCCUGCCACUGGCACAGACGGCGCUGCCGACCCUGCAACUGCCGCUCCUAAGGCCGAGGAACCUGCUGCGGAUGCUGCUGCUGCGGCUCCCUCGCAGGAUACUACCGAGACUCCGGCCAAGCAAGAGCCGGCCAAAUGA